AUGGCGGUCGGAAUUCAUUCUAUUAACCAGAAUGUUUCAUCGAAUUCUACUAAUCGGACUGUACUUCGACUACAGCGUCGUGUGAAACCUGAUCUAUGCCGUUUAGCAACUUUUCGACAAUGGAAGACUAAUACUCAAAGCAAUGUUUCGCCUGCCGUGCUCGCUAAAGUUGGAUUUUCAUAUACGGGAAAAGGUGAUAAAGUACGAUGUGAUGCGUGUGGGCUCGAAAUUGAUAAUUGGAAGACAGGGAUGGAUCCCAAACAAGAACAUAUGAAACGACGACCUGAAUGUCAAUUCGUUCUAGAUCAACAUGAAAUAUUUUCAAAAAAUGAUCAAACAAUACUACUUCUUAAGCCAACAAUUACAUGUACUGAUGUUGUCAACCCGGAUAUGCGAGGCUACAAGGAUCAUGGUGGUGGUGCUAGUGCUGGUGAUAUAAUCAAGAAGGGUAACCAGAAUCCAUUCGUUUUUUCAUUAUCAACUGAAACAAUGGACCGAGCUCGAGUGUAUACAUUAUCAAAUUGGCCGUCGAUAACACCAAGUACUCAAGAAAUGGCUUAUGCAGGUUGGUGGUAUACUAAUAUAGCAGACCGAGUGAUUUGUAUUCAUUGUGACACAAUGUUUCACAAUUGGAAUGAAACCGAUAGACCGUAUGAAAUUCAUCGUCUCAAAUCUCCUCAAUGUUUUUUCGUUCGUUCAAAUGAACAGAAAGCGACUAAUAAUCAAAGACAAGAACCUGUACCUAUUCCAGCAGCAAAUGAUGUACCCAAUGGUCAAACUAUUGUUGGAGCUGUACACGCUGACUAUGCAGCAGUUUUUCGUCGACAUCAAACGUUUCAAAAUUGGCCAGAAGCCCAGCAGGAAUCAUUACCAUCGAUCGAUUCUUUCGUCGAUGCAGGAUUUUUUUAUACAGGUGAUAACACUGUCGUUCGAUGCUUUUAUUGUAAUGGCGCAUUACGAAAUUGGCAAGCUUCGGAUGAUCCGAAAAUUGAACACGCUCGUUGGUUUCCACAAUGUGCAUAUAUUCGACAGUUUAUUGGUGAAAAUCUUUACCAAGCUAUACAACGUAAAAAUCGUGAAUUACGUGCACAACAAAAUUUACAAGAGAGUAAUAAUGGUGAAAAUUCACAGUAUACUCCAUGGACAAACGAUGAAGUCGAUCGAAUGGUUAAAGCUCGUCUUGAUUUACCAGUUGUUGAAAGACUUCGACAAGAAGGUUAUAGUAUGGCAAUCAUUCGAAAAGUUUAUGAGAUGCAACUUCGUUUUAAAAAGGAUGAUUUCAAAACUGAUGUUGACCUUCGUGUCGCAUGUCUUAUUCUAGACAAACAAGUUAAAUUAAUCAAUGGGAACGAAGCUAAUAUACUUACUCCACAAAAUUGGAUGAAAAAAUACAUUGAGGAACAAGCACGAGGCCUUGGGUCCCUACAGACUGAUUCUAAACCGGAAUCUUUAGUUCAAAAAGUUGAUCCUCCAAAAAUCAUUACAACAGUUGCACCGCACCCAAGAUUAAUGUCGAAGACAGAAGAACCAAAUCUUUGUCUUCUGUGUCUGAAUACAGAACGUCAAGUUGCAUGUCUACCAUGUGGUCAUUUGACCAGUUGUGUAGCAUGCGGUCAUAGUUUGAAAACAUGUCCGAUUUGUCGAGCAGCGGUGAAAGCCUUCGUCCGCAUAUACACAUAA